AUGAGUGAACAAAAAGAAGGACAAAUACAAGUAGCCAUUCGUAUAAGGCCAUUGCUUCAGGAAGAAAAUAAGCAUGGAAACAGCAAGCUGAAGAUUGACAAGAAGACCAAUACAAUCAUUACGUAUAAAGAGAAGCUAGACUCUCAGAAGGGAUUCCGUUUUGAUACUAUUAUUGACCCUUAUGAUAGUCAAGCUGAUGUAUUCCAUAAAACAAAGGUCCAUAAUAUUAUACUCAAAGCUCUGGAUGGAUUCAAUGCUACUAUUUUUGCAUAUGGGCAGACUAGUAUGGGUAAAACCUUCACAAUGGAGGGGUAUCGGUAUAUUUUAGACAGAAAUGGUAGACCCAUCCCUGAGCUAAUGGAUGACAGCAAUAUUGGAAUCUCCCCAAGAGUCAUAAAGCGCUUAUUUGCCCAGAUAUAUGAUAAAGAGGAUGAAGAUCCUAAUUUUAAGUAUGUAAUCAAGCUGUCCUUUUGUCAGAUCUACAGGGAAAAGAUACACGACUUGUUGGACGACUCCCAGUACUAUCAUGACAUGACAUCUUAUAAAAGAUUGAAUCCUCUCAAGCUCAAGUGGAAGAGUCAAGAUGUCUAUGAAGUUGAGAAUCUGUAUACAUUCGAAGUUGAGUCAGAAGAGGAAGCUGUCACUCUGUUUUAUGAAGGUGUUAGGAACAAGAAAAUGGCCUCAAACAAAUUGAACAAAGCUUCUAGUAGGUCCCAUACUAUCUUCACCAUAAAUGUUGAGAGGGUUAAUAAGGAAGAUUCUGACGAUAUUGUCAAGAGCAAACUUCAAUUGGUUGAUCUUGCUGGAUCAGAAAGAUUGACCUAUGCAAGUAAAAACAAAGCUUUAAACAAGGAAUGAAUAGAGAUUAAUAAGUCCUUGUUUACUCUAAGGCAAGUUAUCACUUCGCUAUCGGAUAAAAUAGUCAGACCUGGCAAAUCAAACCAGAUAAUCCCGUAUCGUGAGUCUAAACUAACUUGUCUUUUGAAGCAGAGUUUGGGAGGAAAUAGCUAUUGAUUAAUGAUUGCCUGCAUAGCACCUUGUGAUCUAUACAUUGAUGAUAAUAUUAAUACUCUUGUAUAUGCAUCAAAAGCACAGGUAAUUUCGAAUAUUCCAAAAAUCAACGAAGAUCCGAAAAUGAAAUAAGAUGAGAGAAUUGGAAAUGCACGUGAAGUACCUCAGCAGCCAGUUGAGCAUCGCUAAUAAUGCAAUAAAACUAUUCAAGAAAGAUGAUGAUGGAGAGCAAGAAGUUCCUAAUACAGACUCUGGAAUGCAAGGUCCAUCAAUAAAGGUUAUCCAUGACGGAUCUCAUAGGUCUAAUACACUUGCUCACGAAGCUGAUGCAAGCUCUGAAAUCUCAGCUAAUUUUUACUCUAACAGGAGCAUAGAUCAAAAGUAUAAUUUUGAUAAGCCUAAAAGACUUACAACUCAGGAAAAUGAGAAGAAGGCAAAGGAAAUGCAAAAUUUGUUAAACAAGGUGAAAGAAUGCCUUGCCUUAGCUGACGAAGUUCAGAAGGUCAAUGCUCAAAAGGACCUCGAGCUUAAGCAAGAGAAAGCAAAAGUUGUACAACUCAAUCUGGAAUUGGAAAAGGCGAAUAAUAAGGCAGCAACAGAGCCAAGGAGGGAACGUCAGUUUAGUCGUGGUGGUGGUGAAGAUAAUAAUGGAGAGCUGUCGAUUUUGCCAAAAGAGGACUCAAAGAGGAUGAACACCAUUCUUAUUGAAGAUGACCUCAGAUCGAAUAAAUCUGAAGCUGGGUUCAGAAGUGUUAUGAAUAGGAGACCCCCUAAAAGGAUCAAUAAAAUGCCAAAUUUGAGGAGCAUCAGCAAAUCAAGAAAGUCGAUACUAGACACCUCACAGAACAUGAGUAUCAACCCCAGCGAUGCUGGGGCUGUAAAAUUGUACCCUCAGGUGACUAGGAGGUUGAAUUCUUCACUUGAGCCGAUCCAUACGAGGACAUCUAAAGAAAUGACAAAUCCUGAGCCUUACAAAAAUAUCCUAAUGGGAGGUGAAGCUCUGAACAAACUUAGAGGCCAGAUGGCCAAGAAGAAGGGAAUCAGGAAGAUGAACUUUAUUUUUCAAUAAUUUUAGGAUAA